ACCGGGAAGUUUAUUUAUUGCCAACAGUUAUUCAUGCAAAACCUGUUCUCGAUUUGUGAUUAACAUAAUUAUAUAUAUAGUUUAGAUAGAAAUCUAAAAUACUUUAAAACCGAAAGAAGACAAGCUGUUUUAUAGGUGGUGAAGAUCUUGUUUUAACAAUGACUGCUGCUGUCGUAGGAAGUAGACAAACGGAUGUGGAAGAGUUUGGUUAUGACGUUCAAGUUUCCAGUGACCCGAAGGCACGACUCAUGUACUAUGUGCACAGUAUCUACAACGUCCUUGACAUGACCUCGAUACCAAACAUCCAGAAAUUGAGAAAUUACAAAAGUCAUCAGCGACUGACAGACGCUGAAACGAAGCAGUUAUAUGAGCUCUGUAAAAUACUGUCACCAGAUAAGCUUAAUAACAAAGUCAUAUUCCAGGAUGAUACCUUGUGUGGACAGGACGACAACAAAUUCUACAAAAUCAACACCACAGAGCAUAAUCUUAUUGUGUCAGAAGCUCUAAUUAUCGGAGGAAAAAGGUGUUCCGUGAAAAAAUUAAUGGCGUACAAAAUACCUUGGAUCCAGUGGAUAUAUAUUGGUCCGAUGGAGCAUUUCAAACAACAAUAUCCAAGCCAGUGGUGCACCAUGAUGUAAGGACGUCUGUCUUUUUGGAGAAUAUUCUUC